AUGUCAAUGAGCUAUGAAGAGCACAGACUUGGUUUCACGCUAAAAACUUUUGCCCCAUGGUUUAUGGCUCUUGGACCUCUCAUAUAUGCAGGAAUGGGAUGGACACUUUACAACAAGCAAGGGCAGCGUAUUCUCAGUGGAAGUGCAUCUGUUCCUCCCACCAAUACGGCUGUCGAAGCAAAAGCAAAGGCAUUGAGAAAGGCGGUUACUCAAAUAAAGAAGCUUGGCUAUGCUCAUGUUACUUUCUGUGGAGAUGUGGUUGCAGGGCCAUUCCUAUUAAUUUGGUGGUUCAAAGCACAUUAA